AUGUCUCUUCUCCAAAAUCUUAAACGUAUUGAAUUCUACACUGCUUUCAUUUGUCCAUAUGCACACAGAUCAUUGAUUGCUAUCAUUGAAAGUCAACUGCAAGGAAAAUUGCCAAAGUUUGCCUCAGUUUUGAACUCUGAAGAAACCAAACCAAUUUAUUACAAUGAAAUUGACUUGCUCCUUGAUGAGCAAACAAAGGAGCAUUACAAACGUAUCAAUCCACAAGGAAAGGUACCAGCUCUCAAACUUGUAUUGAACGAUGAUACUUCUCUGGUUGUUAACGAAUCACUUGUCAUUGGCGAAUUCAUUCAAGAAACUUUCAACCCAAAUCUAUUGCCACAAUCAGAAAAUCCAAUUGAGACUGCAUUUGCCAAAGCUCAGUACAAGAUUUGGACUUCUUACUUUGACAGUAAUUUUACCUCACUUUUCUUUAAGAUUUCCUUUGAAAAACUUACAGUCGAUGCUGUUAUCACUGAGCAGCUCCCUAUCACUCAUGAGAAAAUCUCAUUCCUUGUUCAAAAUGGUUUCAAACCAAAUCAAAAGGGUAGAGGUGAUUUCUUCUUUGGCGAUCAAUUCAGCUUAUUGGAUGGAGCUCUCAUUCCAUUCAUUAUUAGAUUUGAUUCGAAUUUGAGAAAUCAGUAUGGUGUUGAUUUGUUUAAACCUCUCCCUACUGACAAUGAAACUGUUGUAGAAUCAUUGGCUAUUUUCAAGAAGUGGUAUCAAGCUGUAAGAGCUAGACCAAGUGUCAAGAAAUCUGCAUAUGAGCCAGACUUUGUUCCACUCUCAACUACUUCAAAUGCUACCAGAAAAGUACUCGUUUCAGGUUAUGAAGCAACUCUUGAGGAAGAGCAAUCUGGAAAGAAGAAGGAAAUUGUAUCUGCUACUGAACUCCAAGUUGAUUGGUUUGAUUAUGAAAGGUAUUUAACAAGAGGUUAUGAAUUGCGCCUUGCCAAGUUACAAAAAUAA